GCGUCCGCCCCGCCCCGCUCGGCCAAUCCGGGGCCCCGCCGCCCCCGGGCCCAGAGGAACCGGGGCGGGCGGCGUUGGCGGCCCUGGGGAGAGAGACGGAGCGCGGCGGGCCCGGCCAGUCAGUGUCGGGGUCACGGUCGGCGGCGGUACCUGCGCCGGCUGCGGCCCGUCCCCUCCCGCCUCACCGCGGCCCAGGAGCAGCGGCACAAGCGGCACAAGCGGCCGCCGCGACCCCCGUGAGCCCCGCAGCCGCCCCCGGCCCCCCCGGCCAGGCCGCGUUCUCCGCCGGCUCCCGCCGAACCCUAGCCCGGGCCCAUGGCGCAGAGCGGGCAGCCCCCGCCCGAGGAGAACCUGCAGGGUUCUUGGGUGGAGCUGCACUUCAGCAGUAAUGGCAAUGGGCACAGUGCUGUGCCAGCCUCCAUCUCGGCCUACAAUGGCGACAUGGAGAAGAUUCUUCUGGAUGCACAGCAUGAAUCUGGAAGGAGCAGCUCCAAGAGUUCUCACUGUGACAGCCCACCUCGUUCCCAGACGCCCCAGGACAUUAACAGAACUUCCGAAGCAGACGCUCACAGCAUUGGAGAGAAGAACAGCUCCCAGUCGGAAGAAGAUUACCUGGAAAGAAGGAAAGAAGUGGAGAGCAUCCUGAAGAAAAACUCCGACUGGAUCUGGGACUGGUCCAGCAGGCCUGAAAACAUCCCCCCAAAGGAGUUUCUUUUUAAGCACCCAAAGCGCUCAGCCACUCUCAGCAUGAGGAACACGAGUGUCAUGAAGAAGGGGGGCAUCUUCUCAGCGGAGUUCCUGAAGGUCUUCCUCCCGUCCCUGCUGCUCUCUCACUUCCUCGCCAUUGGCUUGGGGAUCUACAUCGGAAGGCGGCUCACCACCUCCACCAGCACCUUCUAGGCAGCAGGGCCGGAGCGCGGCGGGCGCCGUCUCUGAGCAUGCAGCAGGGGACCCGGAGGAGGUCCCUCCGUUCGGGAUGGCUCCCGCGGCUUGUGUUCAUUUGUUGUGUAAAUGUCGUGUUCCUAGUUCAGUAGAAAGGGAGGAUAGUCCGUGUAUUCAUUCCCCCAGCACAGGGAGCAGCUCAGACGGAUCCGGCCCCUCUCGGGGGUCGCCCUCGUUCUC